GGCAGGCACAGCAGCGGGGAUGCCACUUCCCGUCCAGCCAUUUUAGGCGUUUGUGUCUUCUCUGGAGAGAGACCCGCAGGUUGUCCCCCCAGUGUCUGUGUGUCAUCCACUGAUUACAGGAGCCGCUGGAGAACACCAGGAAACCCGGUGACGGAAAAUGGAGUCAGUAACCUUUGAGGAUGUGGCUGUGAACUUCUCCCUGGAGGAGUGGGCUAUGCUGAAUCCAUCCCAGAAGAACCUCUACAAAGAUGUGAUGCAGGAAACUUUGAGGAACCUGGCCUCUAUAGGAAGCAGUUUGGAGCACCAUAUCAUUGAAAAUAUAUACCGAAAUUCCUGGAGUAAACUAAGUGGUGAAGCGGUAGAGGGAUUCUAUGACUAUAAAGAAGACCAUCAGUGCACAGAACUUUUUGACUUCACCACACAGAGUAUUGUAAACCAGAACCCUUUUCCAGGAGUACACAUAUGUGAAAACAGCGGAUGUGCCAGAGUCGUCAUUGGCCAUUUGUCUCUAAGUGUGCUCCUUAAACCUGACACAGAGCAUGAAUCCUACGAAGAUCGGGAAUAUGGAAAGGAAUUGUACAACAAUAUGGAAUUUGGGGCUACCUCCAGUUCUCUCCCAUCCUUUGAGCACUAUGGAAAUACUUAUACUCUAGAGAGACUGUAUAAAAGUGAGAAUUGUAAUGAAGACUAUAGAUUUGGUCAAAAUCUUGAAAAGACUUUGGCUGAAGAAAAGCCCUUUCAAUGUAAGCAAUGUGGGAAAGGUUUCAGUUCUUCAAGGUACUUUCGAAGGCAUGAGCGACGCCAUCGUGCAAAGAAAUCCUAUAUAUGUAAGCAAUGUGGGAAAGCAUUUGCUUUUCCCACCUACUUACAAACACAUGAAAGAAUUCACACUGGGGAGAAGCCCUAUGUGUGUGUGCAGUGUGGGAAAACCUUUGCUCAUUCUCGUUCCCUUAAAACCCAUAAAAGAACUCACAGUGUGAGGGACCUCUUUGUAUGUAAUUACUGUGGGAAAACCCUACGUCAUUAUAGUUCUCUUCAAAUUCAUACAAGAAUUCACACUGGAGAGAAACCUUAUGUAUGUAAACCAUGUGGCAAAGCCUUCAUUACUUAUCGUUCCUUUCGAAUCCAUGAAAGAAUUCACACCGGAGAAACUCCUUAUGAAUGUAAGCAGUGUGGAAAUACUUUCAUGCGUUGGAUUCAAUUACGAAAACAUGAAAUAAUUCACAGCGGUGUGAAACCCUACGCUUGUAAGUUAUGUGGGAAAAGCUUUACUUGUUCUGGUUCCCUGAGAACACAUGAAAGAAUUCACACUGGGGAGAGGCCUUAUGUGUGUGACCAAUGUGGGUAUAGCUUUACUCGGUUAAAUUCACUUUUAAGACAUAAAAUAACCCAUACUGGUGAGAAGCCCUAUGUGUGUAAUCAUUGUGGGAAAACUUUUCCUCGUUCUGCUUCUCUUCAAAGACAUGUAAAAAUUCACACUGAGGAGAAACCCUAUGUAUGCAAGCAGUGUGGGGUUGCCUUCGCUACUUCCACUGACCUUCUAGAACAUGAGCAAACUCACAUUGAUGAAAAACCUUACAUAUGUGAGCAGUGUGGGAACGCCUUUGUGCUUUGGAGUCAGUUUCAAAAACAUAAAGCACUUCACAGUGUCCCAGUUUCCUACAUUUGUAAGCAGUGUGGGAAAAGCUUCACUUCUUCGAGGUCUCUGAAGACACAUGAAAGAAUUCACACUGGGGAGAAGCCCUACGAGUGCAAGCAGUGUGGAAAAACCUUCCUUUGGUCUUACUCCCUUCAAAGACAUGAAAAAACCCAUAGUGAUGGGAAGCCCCAUGUGUGCAAACAAUGCGGGCAAGCUUUCACAUACUACAGUCAUCUUCAAGUGCAUGAAAAAAUACACAUUGAUGAUGAACCUUACAAUUGUAAGUACUGCGGGAAACCCUUCUUCACUUUGAACCAUUUGCAUAGACAUGAAGUACUUCACACUACCCUGGAUUCCAAUGUUUUUUAAUAAUGAGAGGAAAAAAAAUUUUUUUGGCUUGGUAGCUUUGAAAGAAAUAAGCAAAACCACACUGGCG